AUGUUGGACACAGACAUCCUCAUCGAGCUGGCCCUCCACUGUGAGCUCGCCGAACGCGGUGUCCUUGAGAACGAACUCCAUUCGGCCGUCACCAAAGAAGGUAAUAACGCCACGAUAAAUGGGACGCUCUCUCCUGCUGUCAUUGGUGCUGAUCCAACAGAGCACAGGACGCCGGCGACGAAUCCGAAGCUAAACAUGCCCCAAACGUGGGUAGCGUGGAGCGGCGACGGGGACGAAUCUGGUGCAGAGGAAGGGACGGCGGACAUGGGCAUCCAGGACCCGGCCCAGUCUGACGGCGCCGAUGGUAACUGA